AAAGAAAUAUUACCUCAAAUAAAUAAAUUUAAGAAAUUUAUACAUAAAUUGCGCUUUGAUUGCAAUUUCUAACGAUUGCAAGACUACGGUAAGAGACGUGAACUUGUUUUCAAGUCCAAUUCUCAUCCGAAAACAAAGAUUAAUCGCGAAUUCUAAUUACAACUGUGAAUGCGGGUCUUAGAAGUCGAAAAUUAAUCGCGAUCAAAAGUCACAAUGACGUAAAGCAAUACUGUAUAUAUGUAUAAAUAAAUUGUCUGUUUGUUUGACUUGUUUGCAAAAUCAAAUAUCCAAAAUUGUUUAACUUUCUAUUUUUCACGCGUGGUACCACAUCUCUGGCGCUCGUUUGUGCUGCAGCAACAAAUGGGGGGCAAUGUACGCGAAACUACAACUUUAUCAAAGUACACAAUCCGUCGCGUCAUAUUUAUAUCAGCAAUUCGUACGUUAUCUGCACUCAAACUGGAAAAAUCCUCAACACAAGAAUAAAUUUCCUAAAUCCAUAAUCAAGCAAUUUCAUAAGGAUCUAGUAUGCUGCAAACGCGAUAAUGACGAUAAGAAGGAUAACAUGCUUAACAUGAGCAACAGCCAGUACUUGGAUUACAUGUACAAGGCAUGGCUCGAGGACCAGAAAUCUGUGAGUUCCUCGUGGGACUUAUAUUUCAAAUUGAUCCACACCAAAAGCUCGAAAGAUUCUCGUGCUAAAUCCAAUUCGAUUCACGUCAGUUCAUCCCCUAAAUUAAUAACAUCGAAGUUGGAAGGAGGACAAUCGAACAAACCGUCGUUUCCAAAAAAAUCCUCCGUUCGGGGAAAAUCAGAUGGUCAGGGGAAUCAAUAUAUAAUCGAUGCACUCCAUAUCAAUGCCACGAUCCGCGCUUAUCAGACACGUGGCCACCUAAUAGCCGAUACAGAUCCGUUGGGCAUACAGAAUCCGGAGUCGGCAAAGCUGCAGGGCACCGCGAAUUUGCCACCGGCAAUUGUGGUGCGAGAGCAUCUUAAGGGCAUGACGGAAGCGGAUAUGAAUAAGGAAUUCCCUCUCGGUUCCUUGACUGUUAUCGGUGGCGACAAGGGACAAUUAACAUUGCGAGAGAUACUAAUGAGACUCAAUAAAAUCUACUGUGGUCAUUUGGGCCUGGAAUACACGUACAUUCACGAUCUCAAUGUGUUAGAUUGGUUGAGGGAAAAGUUUGAAAUACCAGGCGCCUGGGAAUUGCCUGCGGAGCACCGAAAGUGGAUCUGGAUGAAUAUCAUGAGAGCCGUGAGUUUCGAGAAUUUUCUAGCGAGAAAAUACGGAACGGAGAAGAGAUUCGGGCUAGAAGGUUGCGAAGCGUUUAUACCGGCCAUGGCGGAAUGUAUGGAAACAUCGGCGUUAAAUGGAGUGGAAACUGUAGUCAUUGGAAUGGCCCAUCGGGGUCGUCUAAAUACUUUGGCAAACGUAUGCUCGAAACCGAUGAGUCAGCUGUUUACUCAGUUCAAUCCGAUUGCAUUGGAGGGAUUCGGUUCCGGUGACGUUAAAUAUCAUCUCGGGACGCAUUCGGAAAAAUUGUUAGAGAGAACUAAGAAAACAAUGUUUCUUUCUAUAAUGGCAAAUUCCUCGCAUUUGGAAGCGAUCGAUCCGGUCAUAGUCGGUCGUGUGCGCGCCGAGCAAGUCGAGAAAGGUGAUUUUAAAGACGGCAAGAGAUCCUUGGCUAUUCUAGUUCAUGGUGAUGCCGCUUUUGCCGGUCAAGGUGUCGUUUACGAAACAAUGCAUCUCACCAAUCUGCCAGAGUAUACGACGGGUGGUGUCAUGCAUAUCGUAAUUAACAAUCAAAUUGGUUUUACAACCGAUCCAAGAUAUUCACGAUCUAGUGCACACUGUACGGAUGUGGCUCACGUUGUUAACGCUCCUAUUUUUCAUAUACAUGCUGAUGAUCCCGAUUUAGUGAUUUACUGCAGCAAGGUGGCCAGCGAGUAUCGGGCCACUUUUCAUAACGAUGUAGUAUUGGACAUUGUUGGCUAUCGAAGACAAGGGCACAAUGAAAUGGACGAACCGAUGUUAACUCAACCGCUCAUGUAUAAACGCAUAAAGGCUCAUCCCAGUGUUCUUUCUAUAUACAGCGAUAAGCUUCUUAAGGAAGGCGUGAUAACGGAGGCUUUUGCAAAAGAAGAAAAGGAAAAGUACAUAAAUCAUUGCGAGGAAGAGUUUAAAAAAGCGCAAACCAUUAGCUCGAUGCAGAUGAGAGAUUGGCACGAUUUACCCUGGACCGAAUUCUUCUCGAAUCAGAGUCCGAAACGUGUGAUACCUCCAACCGGUAUCGAUUUAACGACCAUCAAGACGAUAUGCAAUGCUAUAUCUACUCCACCGACUGAUAUCGAGGCUCAUCUUCAAGUGCUGAGAGCAAUGGAUAGGCGAUCGAAACUCAUGGCGUCUCGACAAAUUGACUGGGCGAUGGGGGAAUGUCUGGCUUUUCUUAGUUUAUUGAAAGAAGGUCAUCACGUUAGACUAUCCGGGCAAGAUGUUGAACGAGGCACCUUCACUCAACGUAUACAUAUCAUUCACGAUCAGAGCAGAGAUAAGAUUUAUAAGAAUAUUCUGCACGAUGUUUUUCCCAGGCAAGCUUUAUACACCGUCUCGAAUUCGUCGUUAUCGGAAUACGGCGUGUGCGGUUUUGAGGUGGGAUAUUCGGCGUACGAUCACAACACUCUUACACUCUGGGAAGCACAGUUCGGCGAUUUCUCCAAUACCUGUCAAGUCAUACUAGACUGCCUGUUAUGUUCCGGACAAGCCAAAUGGGGUAGGCAGGUAGGAUUAGUGUUGAUGCUGCCGCAUGGCAUGGAGGCCCAAGGCCCGGAACAUUCGUCCGCCAGAUUGGAGAGAUUCCUUCAGUUGUGCGACGACGAGUGUACUCACGUGCCCGGAACGGAGCCCGGUACUUCCGCCGGCGAGACCGUCGAGCAGAUCAUGACCAGGCAGCUUUUUGAGAUAAAUUGGAUCGUCUGUAAUCCCUCGACACCCGCUAAUCUGUUUCAUCUUCUGCGUCGGCAGAUACUGAUGCCGUUUCGAAAACCGUUGGUUCUUAUGACCCCCAAAUCAUUGCUGCGUCAUCCAAUGGCGAUAUCGAAUUUCGAGGAGAUGGGACCAGGUACAACUUUCAAGCAUGUUCUACCGGAUCCUUUCGUGAAGCCCGGAAACGUGAAGAAAGUAUUGCUCUGUACCGGGAAAGUAUACUAUGAUUUGAUCAUCGAGCGGCAGGAGAGACAACUGGAGGAUAAAAUAGCGAUAAUUAGAAUCGAGCAGCUGUGCCCCUUUCCGUAUCAUUUUUUGGCGGCAGAAAUAGCGAAAUUUCCGCGAGCCAAAAUCAUGUGGCUGCAAGAGGAGCACAGGAAUCAAGGCGCUUAUUAUUACGUGAGGGAUAGGAUAGCUUUAACCUUGGGCAUUCCAUUGGAAGAUGUGAAGUAUGGCGGUCGUCUUGCUUCGGCCGCACCGGCAACCGGCAGCAAGAUCAUUCAUAAAAACGAGUACGAUAGUAUGAUGGCAAUGGCAAUGAGUAUCGAUUAAUUGCGUGAAAACGUGACAAAAACGUGAUCUUUUCAUUGAAAAAAAUAAUAGCAUGUACCGUAAAAUUAUACGAGAUUAGAUAAGAAAUAUUUGUGUGUAUUAUGUCAAGUGUAUAAUAUGAGAAAUCAGAGAUAGAGUGUAAAUAUCUACUUUUUUUAUCAAUAAUUUAUUACAAUUAAUUGUUAUUAUCUAUUUAUUUAAUAAUAAUGAAAAUGAGACGUGAAACUAAUUUUGAUUACAGGA